AUGUGGACGAUUUACCUCAGAUGCCUCUCUUUAGUUCUGGUUCUGAGUCUAGCCCAAGGAUCUAUCGCCAACUCAGUUGUGAGUAGGGUCAAAAUAUUGGACAGAAAUGUCCUGCAAAGACAUGGUGAAAUUCCAACAGUAACAGUGACCGUUCCCCAUUCCACCAUUUACGUGACUGUCACCACCAGUGUCAAGGAGCCAGUAUGGAACACCACAACUGUUGUGAGCAGUGUGUUCCACAACACCACCAGUGAUUCCAGCAACCACACGGUCGUGACAACAGAGGCAGCUUCUUUCGCUUCACUGCCAAUAGCGGAGACUGCCGUUGCUUCUUUCGAGGAACCAGCCAAGGCCGAGGAGGUCUUGCCGUACGACGAAGCUCAAUUUGACCAACAUCUGGAUGCAGAAACACAGAGGGCAGCAGAGGAGUACGAAAUGCCUCUUUUUGAAUGGGAUGAAAAAGAUGGUGUCUUGUACGCAAUCAUCAUGGACAAAGAAAAUCCCAAUGCGGUUUCUCCUAACGAUACUGCGGUCCCAGAGCCAGUCCAGGCGGUAGACUUUGUCGAAAUCGUUCCAACAACAGAAGCUUCUUCCACUUCCAGCACCAAACACUUCACCAGAACUCGCCAUUCCAGCAAAAACGAGACAACAAGUGGUUGGAGUGUAAUUUCCGAAACCUCCUCCGACGUAACCUCCUCCGAAACCUCCACCUCUUCACGCUACUAUCCAUACGGCAACGACGAUAUCAGCGAUGUCGAUUUGGAAUUCCUCAUCGGCAACGGCGCUGGGCGUGUUGGUAGUGCCGUUUUCAGUGCAAUUCUGGCUGUUUCUGCUGCUGUGGUUGUGAGUCUCUUGUGA